AUGUCUGACCCGUACAACCAGCAUUAUUCCCCUCCAGCGCCUGGAGGAUACGCCCCUCCCCCGCCUCCAGGAGGUCAAUAUUAUCAAGACCCUUCCUACCAGCCACAUCCACCAGCAUACGGAGGCUACCAACAACCACCACAGCAAGACCCCGCCUACCCAUACCAGCAGCCGCAUAACGCAUAUCAGCCCCCAGUGCCAUACCAAGGCGCUCCGCCUGAGAACUUCGGACCGCCACGGAGACAAGACAGCUUUGGUCCUCCGAUGGCCGGUGGUUUCCAGCACGGCCAGGCCGAUCAUCAGUUCGGUGCUUAUGACAAUAGCAACCCGCAGGGCCAUUAUGGAUAUUAUGGACCACCUGACAAUACACGCGGCUACUCACCCUCGCCUAACCCUCAACAGCAGCAACAACAGCCACCAUAUGACCCCAGCAACCCUCACGCUCAAUACGGCGAAGGUGCUCCCGGCGCAGAUCCCAACGCCGCCGACGGCGAGCGUGGCCUGGGCAGUUCCCUGAUCGGUGGCGCAGCGGGCUACUACCUGGGUCACAAGAAGAACCAUGGAUUCUUGGGUGCCGUUGGUGGUGCAAUCCUCGGGAACAUCAUCGGGGAUAAGAUCAAAGAACAUAGACACCAUGAAGGCUCAGGACAUCCAGGAAGUAGCCAUGGCAGCAUUUUCGGCGGGAGCUCGUGGGGUGGCAAGUGGUGA